UGCAGGCUGACAUGUGACACACAUGCACUCAGUGAGUGACACACACUGGGAGAGACACGGACAGGCCGACCAUCAGCUGCUGUACAGAGAUGGAGAUGUCGACAGCCGGUCCAGGGAUGUUGAGUCACCAGCAGCGCUCCAUGAAGAGAAGGCGGUGGGGAGGUCUGAGGCAGCAGUGGAAACUUCUGGGCCUGUUUGAGAUUGACCAACAGCAUGAGUUCUACAGCCUGACCUGCAUGAUGAAGGAGGGAUUGGCUGCAGCCAUCCAGAACACCAUCGAUGACCCACCCGCAAAUGAACUGACAGAUGAAGAUUUCAGGUUGGAGGUCACUCAGAUCCAUAAGGACUUCACAAUGGAGACGUUUGCAGGGCCUGUGUUUGCCACGCUGCGUGGAUCUUUAGGAAUGACUGAGCAGGAGUAUCAGCAGUCACUCUGCUCUGAAAAUUGCUACCUCCAGUUCAUCAGCAACUCCAAGAGCAAAGCAGACUUCUUCCUCACGAAUGAUAAACGCUUCUUCUUAAAGACUCAGAACAAAAGGGAAAUUAAGUUCCUUCUGGGCAACCUGAAGAUCUACAUGGAGCACCUGAGGAAAUACCCACAUUCACUGCUGGUCAAGUUUUUAGGUGUUCACAGGAUCCAAAUCCCACAAAGACGAAAGAAGUUCUUCAUUGUCAUGCAAAGUGUGUUUUAUCCAGAUGAUCGCAUCAAUGCCAGGUAUGACAUUAAGGGCUGUGAGGUGAGUCGCUGGACAGAGCCUGCACCAGAGGGAAGCCACAUCAUCGUGGUUCUCAAAGACCUCAACUUCGAGGGCCAGUUCAUCACUCUGGACCAGCAGCGUUCCUGGCUCCUGCGACAGGUGGAAAUUGACACACACUUCCUUCGCCAGCUCAACGUGUUGGACUACAGCCUUCUCCUGGCUCAUCAGCCCCUACACCAUGACGAGCGCCACCAGGGCCUCUCCUUUGCUACGCUCAUCGUAAGAGCAAAAAAGUCUGUGAAUCCAGGCUCCAGUCCAAUCCAUAUGAAUGCAGCCACAGUUCCCGGAGCAGUCGUGGACGAGGACCCUGCCCUAUCCUUAUCUGAAACAGACAGCGGCUUAAAGACACCACACUCUCAAGCUGCAUCAAGGAGCAGCUCUCCUCGAACAUGUGCAAAGGAUGCUGGGCCAGCAAGCGCCGAGGCUGAGCUGCAAGACUUCCAAGCCCAAAACCGACGUUUGCUGCCAAACUUAAAGAAUCCUCUUCACAUCAUUGAUGGCCCCGAGCAGCGCUACUUUGUCGGCAUCAUUGACAUUUUCACAGUUUACAGUUUUAAGAAGAGGCUGGAGCAUUUGUGGAAGAGGUUGAGGCACCCCGGUCGGUCCUUCUCAACCGUCAGUCCACAGACUUACUGCCUCAGGCUGUGUCAGUGGGUGCAAGACCACACCAAGUAGAGCCUGAACAAGAGGUGGAAACUCAUUUCAACUUCUCACCUGCAAGUCCAAAUAACCAAAGUUCAAACGCAUGGCGUAAAGCACGUUUCCUCUCAAACCUUCUCAUCAUAAGAACUUCAGACAUUAAAUGUGGGCCUCACCUCUGA